AUGAGUGUAGACGCCGACAUGAUGGACGUGGAUGGCGCGCCGGUCAAUGGCGCCAAGUCGCGCCCGUCUGUGACGGUCGAGAAGCCCAUUCCCUACACCUUCGACCUCGGCAACCUUCUCUGCACCGACACGAACCCGCUUCCCGACUCCGGUGAGGACACCAUCCGCGACACUGCCCGCGACUGCGCCCAGGUCCUCAUCAACCAACUGCUCGCCACCUGCGAGGUCCGUUCUACCAAGGACGGCGUGCUGCUCGACCUCCCGACCGCGACCACCCCCGUCCCACGCGAGAAGCCUGCGCCCAAACCGAAGGAGCCUACCAAGUGGGAGCUAUUCGCCGCCAAGAAGGGCAUCAAGGACAAGAAGAAGGAGGGCAAUCUGGUCUACGACGAAGAGAAGGGCGAGUGGGUUCCCAAGUGGGGCUACAAGGGCAAGAACAAGGACGCCGACAGCGAGUGGCUGGUCGAGGUCGACGAGAAGAAGGAGGCCAAGACGGGCGAGGCCGAAAAUCCGCGUACCGCGAGCCGGAAGGAGAGGGUGGAGAGAGUAAAGAGGAACGAGAGGAAACAGAGGGCCAACGAGGCGCGUGCCAGAAGGAAGGGCGCGUAG